UAUCUAAACCACGAAACAUUAUUUAGAAACUAUUACUUCUUAAUAUAUGUUACGAGAGAAAAACUUUCAACUAAACAUUUUUUCAAGAUAAAUUUUAAGCGUUUAACCAAGACUGAAAUUAUUAAAUUGAUCAAAAUAAUCUAAAAACGUUUCAGCAAUUACAUAAAACGCUAAAUUACCAUUAAUGACGUCAUAGAGUAACCGUCCAAUCAUAUCUCGAGAUACAGAACAAUUUUUGUGAAAUAAAGCCAAACAGCAUGGCACUAGAAAGGAGGAGGUCACAACGGAGACAAGUACGAGAGAAACCAAUUAACAAAUGCAGAAUAUACUGUAGAAGAUUAAGUGCAUUUUUAUUUUCUCAUUUGGGAUUAACUUCUCUAGUUAUUUGUUAUACAAUUGUAGGUGCAAUUGCAUUUAAUCGUUUGGAAAUUAACAACGAAGAAGAACUAGUGCUGAAGAUGAACAAAGAGAGCCAAAAUGUUGUGUUACGUUUAUGGGGAGUCACCGUUGCUUUUAAUAUCUUACACAAACAAAACUGGACCAAAUCUGUCGAAGAUGAAAUUAGAAUCUAUCAGGGUAAGUUAGUAGAAGCUGUCAAAGGUGGUUACGAUGCUCAAGAAAAUGGAAGAAAUCAGUGGUCGUUACCGGGUGCGUUUCUCUACUGUCUUACGGUCAUCACUACGAUAGGUUAUGGAAACAUCGCGCCUAAGACUACUUAUGGAAAGAUAGUGACUAUACUGUAUGCUAUAGUCGGUAUUCCUUUAAUGUUUCUCUAUCUAACAAACAUAGGAAACGGUCUAGCUAAAGGAUUCAAGUAUGUUUAUGUAAAAUUAUGUGGAAAAAAUAAGAGAUUAAUCGAAUAUCGAGAAACAGAUCAACCAAAAGGAAGAAAAAGUGGAAAUAUAAUUACCGUUCCCGUUCAUUGGUGCUUUUUCGUUAUAGGAAUUUAUAUAUGUGGAGGUGGUGCUUUAUUUUCUGCUUGGGAAAAAUGGAGUUUUUUAGAUGGUGUCUAUUUUUGUUUCAUAACGUUAAGUACCAUCGGCUUUGGUGAUUUAGUACCUGGUGAUAGUGUUGUUACUGACAGUGGAUCUCAAGGAAAGUUGGUCAUUUGCUCUAUUUAUGUACUUGGAGGAAUGGCUCUGAUUGCUAUGUGUUUCAAUUUAGUGCAAGAAGAGGUAGUGCAUAAAAUUAAGAAUCUUGGUAAGAGAUUGGGUAUUAUCAGCAAUGAAAAUGAAUAAUGAAUGCGUUUUAUGAGGUAAAGCAAAGUAUUCCAACAUUUUAAAAAAAUGUUGGAUACAUGCAUGAUUUAGAAUGAAGUCUGCAAGAUGGAUUAUGCUUUCGCACGAUUCUAAAUGGAAAUAUGCCAUAAAUGUCUUUAACUACGUGGCCAUUCAGGUAUUAUAUCAGCAAAAUAUGUUUCUUUUUAUCUCCAUCAUCAUUAGUCAACAGAAAUAAGAUACUUCUUCGUAAGCCAGAAGUUAAAACCAUUUGCAAUCACACAUGAAUUACUUUCAGACAAUUUUUUUGAUGACUGGGGAGAAAAAUAAACUAUAGGUGCAAUCUUACGUUAAGACUCGCUCUCCUGCCCUCAUCGUCAGCAAUCGCCAGACAUAAACGAAUUCGCCUCCCCUAAGAAGUACUGAUGUAAUACUUGAAUGAUUCCUGUAUGUAUAUAUUUAUAUUCUAAAUGUUAAAUGUUCUAUUAAUUGAUCUGGAGUUAGAAUGUAUAAAAAUUAUGACAUUUUAAUGGAAAACCU